AUGUCGCAUUCGAUAUUUCCACUUGCUUAUAAACCCGACAUGAGUCUCUAUCUUCUUCUACCUUCUAUCCCCCCCUUUCUGGCAGUCGCAGCUACAGAGCGACUGUACUCUCUCACUCUCUCAUCUUCCACAUUUGGGUAUACGCAGCUCCAAAGCUCAGCCAUGGCCUCCGAGGCCCGGUUCUGGUUUGCUGCUCUACUUCUUCUUGUGACAUGUCUAUCCGCCAUGGCCAAGCAGACUUACAUUGUGCAGAUGAACCACCAUUCCAAGCCAUCCUCCUACGCCACCCACCAUGACUGGUACUCUGCCCACCUCCAGUCUCUCUCCUCCACCGAAGAUUCUCUUCUCUACACCUACACCACCGCCUACCACGGCUUCGCCGCCUCCUUAGACUCCGAACAAGCCGAGUUGCUCCGCCAAUCCGACUCGGUGCUCGGGGUCUACGAAGACACUCUCUACACUCUCCACACCACUCGGACCCCCGAGUUUCUGGGUCUCGAGAUCGAAUCGGGGCUCUGGGCGGGUCACUCGACCCAGGACCUCAACCAGGCCUCCAAUGACGUCAUUGUCGGAGUUCUCGACACCGGCGUCUGGCCCGAGUCCAAGAGCUUCGACGACGCCGGAAUGCCCGAGAUCCCUACCCGGUGGCGCGGCCAGUGCGAAUCAGGCUCUGAUUUCGCCCCGUCCCUCUGCAACAGGAAGCUGAUCGGAGCUCGGUGCUUCUCAAAAGGCUUUCACAUGGCCUCCGGCGGAAGUUUCAUGAGAAAAUCGAAGGAGGCCGAGUCGCCGCGAGAUCGAGACGGCCAUGGGACCCACACCAGCAGCACCGCCGCCGGGUCCCACGUGGCCAACGCCAGCCUCCUCGGCUACGCGACCGGGACGGCGCGUGGGAUGGCGCCUCACGCGAGGGUCGCCGCGUACAAGGUCUGCUGGAGCACCGGAUGUUUCGGGUCGGACAUUCUGGCGGGCAUGGAUCGGGCCAUUGUGGACGGCGUCGACGUGUUGUCGCUCUCUUUGGGCGGUGGGUCCUCUCCGUACUACCGCGACACGAUCGCGAUUGGGGCGUUCACGGCUACGGAGAGGGGCAUUUUUGUCUCUUGCUCUGCCGGGAACAGUGGGCCGAGUAAGGCCUCGUUGGCCAACACGGCCCCGUGGAUCAUGACCGUUGGAGCCGGGACCUUGGACCGGGAUUUCCCGGCUUACGCUUUGCUCGGUAACAAAAAACGUUUCACUGGCGUGUCGCUGUACAGCGGGACCGGGAUGGGAAAUAAACCGGUUCAGUUGGUUUACAACAAGGGGUCCAACAGCUCAAGUAACUUGUGCUUGCCCGGUUCGCUUCAACCGGAGCACGUACGUGGGAAAGUGGUGGUGUGCGAUCGCGGCAUCAACGCACGUGUGGAGAAAGGUGGUGUUGUACGUGCCGCGGGUGGGAUUGGGAUGAUACUCGCCAACACGGCCGCCAGCGGUGAGGAAUUGGUGGCUGACAGUCACUUGUUACCGGCUGUGGCCGUCGGGAUGAGAGUCGGUGAUCUAAUUAGGGAAUACGCCCAGCACGAUUCGAAUCCAACGGCUCUGAUUAGCUUUGGCGGGACCGUGUUGAAUGUACGACCCUCUCCGGUAGUGGCGGCGUUUAGUUCACGGGGGCCCAAUCUGGUGACUCCCCAGAUCUUGAAGCCGGAUGUGAUUGGUCCAGGUGUCAACAUCUUGGCUGGAUGGUCAGAGUCGAUCGGGCCCACUGGGCUUGAAGAGGACACUAGGAAGAGCCAGUUCAACAUCAUGUCAGGUACAUCAAUGUCAUGUCCACACAUUAGUGGGCUUGCAGCAUUGCUCAAAGCAGCCCAUCCGGAUUGGAGCCCAAGUGCAAUCAAAUCUGCACUGAUGACCACAGCCUAUACCCAAGACAACACCAAGGCCCCUCUCCGGGACGCCGCGGAUGGUUCACUUUCGAACCCGUGGGCUCACGGCUCCGGCCAUGUCGAACCUCAGAAGGCACUGUCGCCGGGCCUAGUAUACGACAUAUCCACCGACGACUACGUUGCGUUUUUGUGCUCCUUGGACUACACUCUUGAACAUGUGCAAGCCAUUGUCAAGAAGCCCAACGUUACAUGCUCUAGAAAAUAUUCAGACCCUGGCCAACUCAACUACCCUUCAUUUUCGGUAGUGUUCGGGAAGAAACGGGUUGUGAGAUACAGCCGUGAGUUGACUAAUGUAGGGGCUGCCGGGUCCAUAUACAGAGUGGCUGUGACUGGACCUCAAAUGGUGAGGAUUGCGGUGAAGCCCACAAGGCUUGUGUUCAAGAAUGUAGGAGAGAAGCAGAAGUACACAGUCACGUUUGUGGCUAAUAAAGGUGCAGACAAGACAGCAAGGUCAGAAUUUGGUUCAAUUGUGUGGCAAAACCCACAGCACCAGGUUAAGAGCCCAAUCGCCUUUGCAUGGACGCAGUUGAUAGAUUGA